AUGACAAGACAUGACAAAAACCCAGCUUGACCUCCGCGGUGUGACACAUCAUCAUCAUCAUCAUUACUGUUGGUGCCUUUUUGCCUGAAUGAAAUAAACGGGCCAGGUAGAGGUUUUAUGGUAUACACCAUUACAGGCGGAUGUAGCUCAGGAGGUAGAGCGAAUCAUCCACUAAUCAGAUGAUCCCCGAUCCUCCAGUGUGCAUGUCAAGGUGUUCUUGGGCAAGUUACUGAACUCUAAAUUGCUCCUGAAGGCCUCACCAUCGGUGUGUGAAUGUGUAUGAAUGGUUAGCUCCUUUUUAUCCAUAAAACAAAAAAGGAAAUCCGCUCUAAGAAGGACUUAGGUUUGACUCAAUUCCUGCAUGGAGUCUUGUAUGGCUGUGCCCUAGCUUAGUCAUUAUCUGGCCCUCCUAGCAAGCAUCACAUUUGUUUCAUUUAAAUGAAACACACACACCAGACUUGCUAAAUUGAAGCUGCUUGUUGAAAUUCUGCCUACAUCACCUGUUACCCUUCUACCAUCUGUCCACAACUAUUAAAAAUAUUAUUAAAGCAUCAUGAGACUCAGAGUUGAUAGGAAAAUUAUUCCAUUGAGCCAAAACAGAUGGUAGGAACUCCCUCUACCAGCCAGCCAUCUGUGUGGUCACAGCUGUGACUGUACAUCAUCUACAAAUGACUCAAACAUGUUUUCCUUUCUAUUUUUAACAACCAAUUUUGGAGGGUUCAGUGUGCUGUGGCACAUUACAGAUGCUAAUAAAUCACAGUUUUUGAUUUCACUGUGUACUUUAACAUGGAUGAGUUUUAAGACAAUGGGCCCCUACUUCACCACCUGUCCUAUAUAUGAACAAGACACACAGAGACAAAAUGACACCCAGGUUUAAAGAAACACGUAUGGUAGUUACAUUUUGGGAGUGCAUCAGUCCUCCCAGACAGACAAAAAUGACUUAGCAAAAAUGAUCAGCUGAUCGUGGAUGUUUUUCUUCUGCUCCAAAGGGACAGGCUGGCAUCCCUGGUACCCCUGGCAUCCCUGGCAAGAGGGGCUACAGGGGUGAGAAGGGAGAACAGAGCAUUACAGCCCAGGGAUUUAAAGGAGAACCAGGUUCACCAGGACCGCCAGGCUUAAUGGGACCCAAGGGGGAAGCAGGCCCUGAAGGCCCAGCAGGACCAAGAGGUCCACCGGGUCCAACUGGAGAGCCAGGAAAGGCUGAGAUCCACAACAAUGAAAAUGAUAUUCGCAACAUACCCCUGAUGGGACCCCCUGGAUUACCUGGGCCUCCCGGUUCCCCUGGACUCCCAGGUGCCAAGGGUGAAGUAGGUCUACCAGGUGUGCCAGGACUGGACGGAGAGAAGGGACCCAGAGGCAAGCCAGGAGAGCCUGGUCCUGCAGGCCCAGCCGGUCCUCAAGGUCCCAGAGGAGAGGAUGGUGUCAUGGGCUUGCCAGGACCCAAGGGAGACAAGGGAGGCAUGGGUCAAUCUGGAUCACCUGGUUUAGAUGGCCCUACUGGUGAAAAGGGGGCUACAGGGGCCACUGGCCCUAUUGGAUUACCUGGUGCAAUGGGUCUUAAAGGAGAGCCUGGGGAAGGAGGAAGGUCAGAAAUGAUCUAUGGUCCUCCAGGGCCCCAAGGACCUCCAGGACCAGUUGGCCCAGCAGGAUCUCAAGGACCUUCAGGGCCUAAGGGAGAACCAGGCAUAGGCAUCAGAGGAGAAAAGGGAGCGACAGGUCAGAAGGGCGACAAGGGAGACAGAGGCCAUCUUGGACUUCCUGGGGCUCAUGGGUUAGACGGCAGACCAGGUCCAGUGGGUCUAAUAGGACCAGCAGGUGUGCCAGGGCCAGCAGGACCAAAGGGAGAGAGAGGUGAAAAGGGAGAUGCAGGAUUACCAGGACCAAUUGGGCCUCAAGGCAUCCCUGGUUUAAUAGGACCACAAGGACUCAAAGGGAACCGGGGAGAGAGGGGCAAGAAAGGCAACAGGGGGGCCAAAGGGGAUAAGGGAGACCAAGGAGCACCUGGAUUAGAUGCCCCCUGUCCGUUGGGAGAUGACGGCUUACCUGUACCAGGAUGUUGGAAUAAAUGACGAUAACUUGGAAUGGCUUGUGUGAUUGUACAUAGGAUAUUUAUUUUUAUUUUUUUUACUUUUCCCUAUUCUUUUAUAAAUGCAAAAAAAGUUUGAAAAAAAUCCUAAAAACAUAGGGCAACGUUUUUGUACAGAUUUGUUUAUUUUAAUACGUAUGAUAGUUUUUAUGUAUUGGAUUUUUAUAUCUAUGCAUUAUUUUAAUAUGGUUGGAUGAGUAAAAAUUAUAAUGUGGCUACAUAUGCAUGAUAUUUGUGCAUAAUGUGUUGAUAAUGCUUAUUAACUUAUUGUAUGAUGUUGUUGUGUUCUGUUGUAAUAGACCAUGCUGCACUGAGUUGUGGGGCUGGAAAGAUUAUAUUAGCAUUUGGUCUCUCCACUUUUUUGAUACCAUGUUAAAAACAAACAUAGAGUAGCACUGCCUCUACGCUAGCUUUAUUUACACUAAAUGUUCACACAGUGACAAAAAGCUGUUUAAAGUCUGCACUUUGAAUUUUUGGUCAUGUGCUCAUAUUGUACUGAUGAACGUGUAGACCUAAAGAUUAGAUUCAGGGCUAUCACCAAAGUCAGAUAUUUGCUAAAUGAUGAUAGUACCUAAUGAUGGCCAUGUUUACCAGUCAGACUAACCAAGCACUUCAGAUAUCUCCCCAAUCUUGAUAUCUGUAUUGGCUUCUUUAUUCCAGUCUCAGUCUUUAUUUUUAGUAAUUUAAGUUCCUGACAACAUGGCUCCAGCCUCAUCAGGUAACCAAUACAAGGGGCAAUGUUGGUGGGUGAUUGGAAUCCAGUGAGGCAUGAUGUCCUGGGUUUUGCGCAAAGAACUGUAGUUGGCAGAAGUGGUCUAGGUGAGUUCACAUAGUGAAGAUACAUUAUUACACAUUACAGGCCAACUAGUUAUUAUAUUAUGCACUCAGCAAUUUGUUACUUAAUGGGUGGGUUUAUUGUUUAAGACAUUAAAUGCAAUUAUUACAUUAUCAUUUUCCACAAUUUCCAAGAUGAUAGAUUAGAACCAUUCUGGAGUUCUACUCUAAAAUGGCUCAUGAGUUAUUAAAGUUAGUUAGUUAUAAAAAAAUAAAAAAAAAAUAAAAGUGUGUGUGUAUAUGUGUGUGUUUGUGUAUAUAUAUUAUAUAUAUAGAUAUAAUAAAUAUAUAUAUAGAUAUAUAUAUAUAUACACAUACUUGUUGAUUAAUCCAUCUAACCAUGUAACUAAACUUGCCUUACUAGGAUCUAUCUUAUUAUUAUAUACAAAGUUAUGCUGCUGUGACUUUUUGAAUGCUGGUGCUGAUAGCAAUGAUUAUGAACUAAAACUUCCAAAAGGCAUUAUAUUCCACACACCGUGUCCGUCAAGUAGGAUGUUAAUCAAUCAUAAGGGGACAUCCUUUAAUUCAGUCUGAUUCUUCAUUAUUCAUGAAGUAUUCCAGACAAUUACAUUGUUCUUAAUAUCUCCAAACCCAACACUCCUCUGUCCCAAAGGGGGGUAUCAACCAAGAUCUCUUAAUCAUUUGAAGCUUUAAAGUUCAGCCAUGAAAGCUCCUGAAGACAAAAUGUUACUUGUACAGCAGGAAAGCAACAGUUCUUUGUUCUAUCUUCCUGUUUAUUCCUUGUGUUUUCAGUUAAUUCUACAUAUUGCCAAAUUGUGCAGGCAGCCACUUCCUGCUUUACAGCUAGCUCUGUGUAUUAACUGUGGUGUUAGUAGAUUCUUUGUCUGCCUUCUAAUCUGAGGCACAGUACACAGCCCAUAUUGUUGGAUGGAAAUAUUGCUGCUCACCCUUAAGGCAUUCUGCUGCAACCACCACGUUGUCUCAUCCAUUUAUGAAGAAAGCUGUAACCUACAAUGGAGAUCAUUUGUUUUUGUUCUUUUUUUCCAAGAACAUUUUAUCCAAAGCAUUUUUAUGGAGUAGCUGUUCUCAUUAAACUAACCUCAUUAACUUUACCAAGUGACUCAGUGUUGAAGAAAUUAAUGGACUUACUGGAGUGGUGCUUUAGUCCAUUAUAUGCUGCUGCUCUUUGACAAAGCUUUGUGUUUUUGCUCUGCGUGGAUCUGAUGUUGCCAUGAGAGAUUGUUGUAGGAUCCUUGCCAGCCAUAAUAUUCAUAUUGUUCCUGCACAGUACCUCACAUUAACUCAUGCCUUAGUCACUAGUUGGCCUUCAUUUUUGCUGUCACAUUGAAAUACUUGUGUAUAAAAUAAAUUAAAUAUACAUUUUCUGA